GGAGGGACUGCUCGGUGUGCUUCGCAGCUGCGGUUCUUGCGUGGGAGGCUGGCCCAGCUCUGUCCUCGGCGGCUGCUGUCACGCAGGGUUCCGGCUGUCCGCUGCCUGCAUGGGCCUGAACAGCCUGUCUGCGAGCAAGCCGUGGCACUUAAAAAAUAUUUAACCAUUCAUGAGUUGCACCUCAUUCUUGAGUUAUGGAUGACAAGGCUUCUGUUGGAAAAAUCAGUGUCUCCUCAGACUCAGUGUCUACUCUGAAUAGUGAAGAUUUUGUCUUGGUUUCCAGGCAAGGAGAUGAGACACCAUCUACAAAUAACGGAAGUGAUGAUGAGAAGACAGGACUCAAGAUUGUAGGGAAUGGAAGUGAGCAGCAGCUGCAGAAAGAGCUAGCAGAUGUGCUGAUGGAUCCUCCCAUGGACGACCAGCCAGGGGAAAGGUCACAACUGGAUGGUGAAGGAGAUGGGCCUCUUUCUAAUCAGCUCUCAGCUUCGUCCACCAUUAACCCCGUGUCUCUAGUAGGGCUUCAGAAACCAGAGAUGAGCCUGCCAGUGAAACCUGGACAAGGAGAUUCUGAAGUGUCAAGUCCUUUUACACCAGUGGCUGAUGAGGAUAGUGUGGUUUUCAGUAAACUAACUUACUUAGGCUGUGCCUCAGUAAAUGCUCCUCGGAGUGAAGUGGAAGCCUUGAGGAUGAUGUCCAUCUUGAGAAGUCAGUGUCAGAAUUCUCUGGAUGUAACCCUCUCAGUGCCGAAUGUAUCAGAAGGAACUGUGAGACUUUUAGAUCCUCAGACUAACACUGAAAUAGCAAACUACCCUAUCUACAAAAUCCUGUUUUGUGUCAGAGGGCAUGAUGGAACCCCCGAGAGCGACUGUUUUGCAUUCACUGAAAGUCACUAUAAUGCAGAGCUCUUCAGGAUACACGUCUUUCGCUGUGAAAUACAAGAAGCUGUAAGCCGGAUACUCUACAGUUUUGCCACCGCCUUCCGCCGCUCUGCCAAGCAGACUCCACUCUCAGCCACAACUGCACCGCAGACUCCUGACAGUGACAUCUUUACCUUCUCUGUGUCUUUAGAAAUAAAAGAAGAUGAUGGUAAAGGGUAUUUUAGUGCUGUUCCGAAAGACAAGGACAGGCAAUGCUUUAAACUUCGCCAAGGAAUCGAUAAGAAGAUUGUCAUCUGUGUGCAGCAAACAGCUAACAAAGAACUUGCUAUUGAAAGGUGCUUUGGUCUUCUCCUUAGCCCAGGAAAAGAUGUCCGAAAUAGUGAUAUGCACUUGUUGGAUUUGGAGUCUAUGGGCAAAAGUUCAGAUGGAAAGUCAUAUGUUAUUACUGGAAGCUGGAAUCCUAAAUCUCCACAUUUUCAAGUUGUGAAUGAAGAAACUCCUAAAGAUAAAGUGCUGUUCAUGACAACAGCUGUGGAUCUGGUGAUAACAGAAGUACAGGAGCCUGUUCGAUUUCUCCUAGAGACCAAAGUCCGUGUGUGCUCACCUAAUGAGAGGUUGUUCUGGCCCUUCAGCAAACGGAGCACUACUGAAAACUUCUUUCUGAAACUGAAGCAGAUAAAACAGAAGGAAAGAAAGAAUAAUUCUGACACUUUAUAUGAAGUUGUAUGUUUGGAAAGUGAGUCAGAGAGAGAGAGGAGGAAAACUACAGCCAGUCCUUCAGUUCGUCUGCCACAAUCUGGAUCCCAGAGCUCUAUGAUCCCCUCUCCUCCAGAGGAUGAUGAAGAAGAAGAUAAUGAUGAACCUCUCUUGAGUGGAUUUGGUGAUGUUUCCAAAGAAUGUGCAGAAAAAAUCCUUGGAACAUGGGGAGAACUUCUGUCCAAAUGGCAUCUCAACUUGAGUGUGAGACCAAAGCAGUUGCCAUCCUUAGUGAGAAGUGGUGUCCCAGAAGCUCUUCGUGGAGAAGUCUGGCAGCUGCUAGCAGGCUGCCACAACAACGACCACUUAGUAGAAAAAUACCGAGUUCUCAUCACAAAGGAGUCUCCCCAAGACAGUGCUAUCACCAGAGAUAUUAACCGCACAUUUCCAGCUCAUGACUACUUCAAGGAUACAGGAGGAGAUGGACAAGAUUCCUUAUAUAAAAUAUGCAAGGCAUAUUCUGUGUAUGAUGAAGAGAUUGGAUACUGCCAGGGCCAGUCCUUCCUCGCAGCUGUGCUGCUUCUCCACAUGCCCGAAGAACAGGCAUUCAGUGUUCUGGUCAAGAUCAUGUUUGACUAUGGUCUCAGGGAACUUUUCAAGCAAAAUUUUGAAGAUCUACAUUGCAAGUUCUACCAGUUGGAGCGCCUCAUGCAGGAGUACAUCCCUGACCUAUACAACCACUUCCUGGAUAUCAGCCUUGAAGCACACAUGUAUGCCUCCCAGUGGUUCCUAACACUUUUCACUGCAAAGUUCCCUCUCUACAUGGUCUUCCAUAUCAUCGACCUGCUCUUAUGUGAGGGAAUAAGUGUCAUUUUUAAUGUCGCCCUUGGAUUACUAAAGACUUCCAAGGAUGACUUGCUAUUGACAGACUUUGAGGGUGCCUUGAAGUUCUUCAGGGUUCAGCUCCCUAAAAGGUACCGCUCUGAAGAAAACGCAAAGAGGCUCAUGGAGCUAGCCUGCAACACGAAGAUUAGCCAGAAGAAGCUAAAGAAGUUUGAAAAAGAGUACCAUACCAUGAGGGAACAGCAGGCACAACAGGAAGACCCCAUCGAGCGAUUUGAGCGGGAGAAUAGGCGGCUCCAAGAAGCUAACAUGAGAUUGGAACAGGAAAACGAUGACUUAGCUCAUGAGCUGGUCACCAGCAAGAUCGCAUUGCGGAAGGACCUGGAUAAUGCAGAAGAAAAGGCAGAUGCAUUGAAUAAGGAGCUCCUGAUGACCAAGCAGAAGCUGAUUGAUGCAGAAGAUGAGAAGAGGAGAUUAGAAGAGGAGUCUGCACAGUUAAAGGAAAUGUGCCGCCGGGAACUUGACAAAGCAGAAUCAGAAAUUAAAAAAAACAGCUCUAUCAUUGGUGACUAUAAGCAGAUUUGUUCUCAACUGAGUGAAAGACUGGAGAAGCAGCAGACAGCCAAUAAAGUGGAAAUUGAGAAAAUUCGGCAAAAGGUAGAUGACUGUGACCGCUGCCGAGACUUCUUCAAUAAAGAAGGGCGAGUGAAGGCCGCCAGCUCAGCCAAAGGGGUUUCAGAUGAGGACACCGAUGAAGAAAAGGAGACACUCAAGAACCAGCUGCGGGAGAUGGAGCUAGAACUGGCCCAGACCAAACUGCAGUUGGUAGAAGCCGAGUGUAAGAUCCAGGAUUUGGAACACCACUUGGGCCUUGCCCUCAGUGAGGUGCAGGCAGCCAAGAAGACCUGGUUUAACCGCACACUGAGCUCCAUAAAGACAGCAACUGGGGUUCAAGGGAAAGAGACAUGCUGAGGACAGCUGCUGCCUCCAGACACCUCCAGAAAACACACCACCUUUUGUUGCCUUCUUUGGCCAGAUGUGUGAUUCUGUGACAUGUUCCAGGACCAGAAUGUCCCUUAGGUCAUAGCUGUGUAGCAUGUUGGUAGGUCAGUGGGCCAGGGCUCCUGCAGCAGCCUGCCAACCCAACUGAUGCUCUGGACAUGCACCAGACUCCUGCCUCCGAGUGCCAUCCAGGCCUCUCUUCCGUGUAGGAACACUUCACCCAGCCAGAGUUGGGGCGUUCUCUAAUGUGUUGGGUUUUGUUUUUAUUUUCUAAA